CUGCGGGAACAAGAAAAGCAGAAUGAUGUUAUCGAACGUACCAGAAGACUAAAAGAUGAAACUAAUCGCAGGCGAAGAGCCCAGGAGGUGAAACGCAAACUUGUAGCGAAGAAGGAAGAAAAAAGACGUCAAGAGAUUCUUCAGAAUCGUCGCCUGAAGCAAAAAGAAGUAACAGAACGGUUCCAGAGAGGGAAUCGUGGGUACACAGGUGAUGAUCUUGCUACAUGUAAUGAUGAAGGAAGUCUGCUAGAUAACCAUCCACCCGCUUUAGAGGAUGCCUUAAAAGCCAUCAGAGGCAAUUCUGUCCACAAACAUGUUAGGCAACCACCCGAGCAGAUUCCAAUGAAUAAGUACAAACAGAAGGCCAAGGGAUACACAGACCAAACUCGGGGGUACAAUGAUCCCGAGAGGCCACAUAAUUCAGGAAGUGGUCAAAUGGUUCGCACCCAGGACUACGCCAGGGAUGUAGCAUCGAGAACAACUGAAUUACAUAAUCGUAGUUUACGCAAUCUUUCAAAUAGUAAGAGUUUAUUUGAGCAACAGUUAGAGCAGCAACAACGGCAAUUUUCUCAAAAUCAGCAACAGUCUCUGCAUGAUUUCAGUGCAGCUAUCAUGUCUGAAAUCAAUGGUUCUGAGAUAAUCUCCCAAGGUCAAAGGUCAGAGGGACCUAAUAUGGAGGGAGCAGUUAUUGUGGAUGGAGAAGAUGAGAGUCCAGAAAGAGAGGAUUCCCCAUGUAGCAUGGACAGUCUAGAAGUAGAACCUGAAAAGGAACCCCCAGAUUCAGUUCAACAAAAUAUGACCGGUCCCCAAAACAGGGGUUUUCAAAAUGGCUUAAAUAAUAGUUUUACAAUUAGCAGUGGGCCAUCUAAACAAUCUACACAAAGUACAACUCCAACUGUUUACUCAAAUAACCUGCAAUAUACUCAAACUAGUAACAGCUCUGCUGGACAGACUGUACAAAAUGAUCCAUCCCUAACAGGUAGCCCCCUAGUGGUUGAUUCAAGAACUAAAGGUCGAUCUCAAGGAAAAAUCAGACAGGCCGAUGUGAAAAUGAGAGAAACUAGUUCUGAUAGUAAUUUGUACAGUGGAACUCUUCAAAAUGAUAAUACCAACAAUUAUGGAGUAAAUCGUGCAUCGAGUCAUCAAAAUAUAAAGUCUCGGGAUAACCUUGUACCAGGUAGUGAACCCUAUCCCGAGGGAAGUAAGAACCAGAUGGGGUUUGCUGGAGGGACUAAACCAGUAAUUGUGAAUCCCGCCCAUACAAACACUAAUGCAUAUUAUGUCACCCCCACAGGCAGAGAACCUGGGGGUGAGGUCCAUGGUGCUAGACAAGAAGGAGAUGGCGCAGCUGACCCCCAAGGUGGUCAGACCUGGGGGUGGGUGGACCCUGACAGUAAACAACCCCUAAGGGCUACUGAGAUACCACCCCACCAGCCUAAACCUCCACCUCAUAAACCUAGCCAAGGGGGUGGGAGUUACAGGCCAGGGAGAGGAGGUUCACUGUCAUUACGACGCACCGGAGUAAAAACUGAUGUCAUACAAAAAGAACUCAGCAAAAAAUCAGCGGAGCCGACAACUGCUAAAUUAUCAUACCAAAGUGCCCAGCAUAAAGCUUGGGUGAUACCCCCACCCACUGAAACCUCAACUGUUGACAGUAAAUAUAGUAAUCCUAGUAGUCAUAACAACCAUGAUGACUAUAGCAACAAUACAACCAAAAGUGCCAUAGAUACAAAUGUAACAAACAAAAAUGACUCUGUUACAAAUGCAAAAGCAGUUAAAACUACGCCGAAAAAAUCAAAUGAACCAAAACCUAAACUGGAGAAUAUUAAAGAGUUUUAUAAAGACCAGCUGGCUAAUGAUAGUGACCAAGAAUCUGUAGGGUCGACUAGUGCUCAAUCAACCCCAGUGAAGGGAAUAUUGAAACCCCAGGGAUCACGUCGUCCCCCACCCGCCCCUAGGUCUCAGUUUGGUAUAAGAGACAGUAUAGACUUGUACAAAGACCACAAGCAGAAAGAUAAUGCCAAGACCAGAAGAGGUAUAAGAUGGGCAGAUGAGAUAUGUGACGAAGAAGAAAGUGAUGAAGAUGACGAAGAAACAUCGUCACUAAUACAACAAAACACUCACAGACCACAUACAGACUCUCAAAACAUGGCUUCAAAAUCUGUCACCCAAAAACCAAGGCCUUGCUCAGCUAAAGUCUCAAGUGCCACCCCUAAGGCUGACCCCCGGGCUCCCAGGGCUUUCAGUGCAGGAACGAUUCGGCAUAAACCUUCAGGGAUCCCUACUCCGACCAGUAAAGUCGCAUUUGCAGGUGCCCCUGCUCCCAAAGCAAGUGUAGUGAAUGUUCAGGAGAAAUCCUAUGCAGCUGCAGUCAAAGGUGACAGUGAACCAAAAUCUGCUGUCUACGGAACCAAUGGUAUCAGACUUGACAGGACUCCGACAGAUGACGAGAUUAACUGGCUCUGGGAUAAAGUAAGGACGUGUUUGAAUCGCGACAAGGAAGAUAGUGAACAGGCUAGUUCCGACCAAUCAGGACCAGUUAACAAUAAGACUCCCAUAGCAACAAAGGUUAUGGAUGGUGCAAACAUUCCCUCAUCUGCAAUGCGAACCGUGCAAAGAAUUGGUAACAAAGAAUUGAACAAUAACGUUGCGGUCCCUCCACGACGUAGAACCACAAGUGAACCGCGUCAUAGCUUGUUACAACAUAGAAGGCUUCAACAGGGGCAGCAGCCAGCUACGUUAACGUCACGUGAUCCAGGACGAAACCAAGGUCAAGGCCAGUAUACUGUCACUCAGUAUACAAGCUAUCGACCAAUGGGAUCGCAGAAUUCAGUGACGCACCCUAACUCAGCAACAAAUGGAGCAAACAAUACAGAAGUUACAGAAAGUCUGGCUGGGUUCCUAGCUGCAGAAGCAAUGACUGCUCAGAAUGUCAGUGAAAGUCAAAUUAAUCAUGCAGUUGACCUUGCUCAAAGUAAACAACUUCUACUAAAUUCUACUCACCCUAAAGAAAAAGUGCCUACCGCUAUAUCAAUAGAGGAACAGAGACUGAUGCAAUCUUUAGAAAGACUCAAUGAGCGCUUAAAAAUUACAGAGCAAAAGGCUUUUCCUGAGUCUCGCAAUGAUACUCAUAUAUACACUGGAGGGUUCCGAGGUCAGACUCCAAUCCGCAACCACCAGAGGGCAGGAUCAGUCGGGAUUAAUCGUGGACCUUACAACAACUUUCGAUGAACUUUCGAUAUUUUCCAGCAAUUAAUCAGAUCUCCCUGGUUAUACAGUAAAGGAUGACAACUGAAGGAUUAGUGAAAGUUGUGUAUUUUACAAUGAUGACUCGGGUUAGAUAAGAAGUGGCAAUCAUAAACUGGGAUUUGGCCGAUUGACAAUAUUUGGUCUCUCAGUCAGCUGUCACCA